AUGCCUAGAACAACAAUAAUGGAUCCUCUUACUGUUGGAGGGGUAAUCGGAGAUGUUGUUGAUCCUUUUGUAAGUUGUGUUUCUCUGAGGAUUGUAUAUCACAAUAACUCAGAAGUUGUUAAUAGUUUGGAGUUGAAGCCAUCCCAAAUUAUCAACCAACCAAGAGUUGACGUUGGUGGUGAUGAUUUUAGAACUUUUUACACUCUGAUAAUGGUGGACCCUGAUGCACCUAGUCCUACUCAUCCAAAUAUGAGAGAGUAUUUGCACUGGUUGGUAAUGAAUAUCCCAGGGACGACAGGAACGAGCUUCGGACAAGAGAUAGUUGGAUACGAAAGUCCAAGACCAAUAGCAGGAAUACAUAGAAUGGUGUUUGUGUUGUUCAAACAAAUGAGGAGGCAAGAAGUGAUACACCCUCCAAGAUGGCGUAACAACUUCAACACUCGUGACUUCGCACAAGUGUACAAUCUUGGAUCUCCUGUUGCUGCUCUCUACUUCAAUUGCCAGCGGGAGAGCGGUUGGGGUGGAAGGAGAAUCAUCAUUUAGCUUUCUUCAAGCUUAUCAACCCAAAAAUGGGCUUAGGCCCACCCACCCUUAAUUUACCAAAAUGGGCUUUUUUAUUCAUAAGUUCUAAAACACUACUCGUUUAAAACCUAAACCCAUCACCAAAA